CCGCUGUGCCCAUGGCUCUCGCAAGCGCCGCCCGGGCGCUCCGCACUGCCGUUCGCCGGUGCGAUCCCCCGAGCCGCCCUCGCUCCGCGCCCGCCGCCGCCCCCCGCGGGUUCUCCCCGGCGGCGGCGGGCGCGGGAGCCCGGCCGGAGCCGCCCCCUCCCCCGCGGGGCGCGGAGCGGGGCCCGCCGCCGCCCGCCGUGGAUUUCGGGGACCCGCGCGAGGCGUUCCGCAGCAAGAGCAACGCGGAGCUGCUGCGGGGGCUGCUGGUGCUGGGGCUGUGCGCCGUGGAGCCACUGGUGCAGCACAACCGGGAGCUGCUGCAGUUGUGCCAACGAGUGCUGGGGCAGACGCUGUUUGAGCGGCUAAUGAAGAUGACGUUCUACGGGCAAUUCGUGGCCGGGGAGGACCAGGAGGCCAUCAAGCCGCUGCUCCGGCGGAACCAGGCCUUCGGCGUUGGCGCCGUGCUGGAUUACAGCGUGGAGGAGGACCUGAGCGACGGGCGCUCCCGCACCUCUGCAGCCGAGAAGGAGAUGGGAGGAGCAGAAAAAAGGGAGAAGCAAUACCGAGCCCAUCAGGGAUUUGGGGAUCACCAUGGUGGAGUCACUGGGGCCCACACCUAUUUCUAUGCCGAUGAGGCCAAGUGUGACCAGCACAUGGAGACUUUCCUCCGCUGUAUUGAUGCCUCAAGUGGCAGCUCAGAGGACGGCUUCUCUGCCAUCAAGCUGACAGCGCUGGCCAGACCCCAGUUCCUGGUGCGUUUUUCAGAGGUGCUGGUGAAGUGGCGGAGGUUCUUCCACCAAAUGGCUGCAGAGGAGGGCCAGGCCGGGCGGGCAGUGCUGGACACAAAGCUGGAGGUGGAGAAGCUGCAGGAGGCACUGGCCAAACUUGGCAUUGCAAGCAAGACAGAGAGCCAGCAGUGGUUCACAGGCGAGAACCUGGGCACAAAUGGCACUGUGGACCUGCUGGACUGGAACAGCCUAUUCGACAGCCGCACCAAACUCUCCAGGCCUCUGCUCAUCCCCAACAGGAAGACUGGGCAGCUGGAGCCUCUGCUGUUACGCUUCGGUGAGGAGGAAGAGCUGCAGAUGAAGAGGGUGCUGCAACGCAUGGAUGUCCUUGCAAGGAGAGCCAUGGAGAAGGGCGUGAGGCUGAUGGUAGACGCAGAGCAGAGCUACUUCCAGCCGGCCAUCAGCCACCUGACGGUGGAGACGCAGCGCCGCUUCAAUGGGAGCCAGCCCCUCAUCUACAACACCUACCAGUGCUACCUGAGGGAGGCUUACAACAACGUGACAGGGGACGUGGAGCUGUCACGCCGGGAGGGCUGGCACUUCGGCACCAAGCUGGUGCGUGGCGCCUACAUGGAGCAGGAGAGAGAGAGGGCGGCUCAGAUGGGCUACGAGGAUCCCAUCAACCCAACCUAUGAGAAGACCAACGAGAUGUACCACAGGUGCCUGGACUAUGUUCUGGAGGAGAUCAAGCAAAGCCGGAAAGCCAGUGUGAUGGUAGCGUCCCACAAUGAGGACACCGUGAAGUUCACCCUGCGCAGGAUGAUGGAGCUGGGGAUCCAUCCCUCGGACAAGAAGGUGUGCUUUGGGCAGUUGCUGGGCAUGUGUGACCAGAUCACCUUCCCCCUGGGCCAGGCUGGUUUCCCUGUGUACAAGUACGUGCCCUACGGGCCGGUGAAGGAGGUGCUGCCCUACCUGUCCCGCCGGGCCCAGGAGAACCGGGGCUUCAUGCAGCGGGCCAACCGUGAGCGGGACCUGCUCUGGAAAGAGGUCAAGAGGCGUCUCCUCACAGGAAACCUCUUCAGCCCCUGACCCUCCCUGGAGCUUCUGUACCUUCGCCCUGAACCACUGUCACCAUUCCCUAUCCUAGUUCUGCUGCAGCUCCCCCAGCCCCCUUUGCCCAAGAGAGAAGUGUCCUUGUUGCUAUUGAACAACUCACACCUUCAGUGGCCUCUGGGAUCACCCCCUCUGGCACUGCUCCAGGGAUGUCCUUCUGCCAUCUCUGGGGAGAUGCUGGGGCUCUCCUGCCAGCCUGCCCUGUGCCUUGAUGAACACUGUCCUGGUGUUCUUUCCCUGGCAGGAUUACACAGGGUCAUUUAUCCACUUGCCUUGUGUCCAUGGGCACAGGUCCAGGUGGGCCAGGUGACUUGGGGACAAGCUGGCCUCAUCCAGAAGCUCCUCCAGCCUCUGCCAGGGUUGGAGCUUAGCCUCCACCAGACCUUUGAAGGGGCAGGAUCAGCCCCUGUUGUCCCAGACAGCUACCUGCCUGCUCACUGGCUUUGCACUGACCAGAGCUGGGCAGGUCUAGGCUCUCCUCCAGCCCACUGGGAUAAGCUGCCUGGGGUUGUCCAUCCUCAGGCACACAUCCAAUGGAGCAGGAGGGGUGAGGGGAGUGGGCUGGCCCCAUCCCUGUACCAUUCCUGCCCGCAGUCCCUGGUUCUAAUGAUGGACCAUGGCAGUGGGAGCACCAGGAGCUGGACCACAGCUCGUCUCUGCUGUACACUGGAUUUGUAGAGAAUGGAAAUAAUUAAAUCACAACUGUUCCUGC